UUUUUCUAAACCAAUUUACUUCCGGUACAAAUGACAAGACGAUGGCAUUAAAUUAAAGAUUUAAAUACUUGAAUUUUGUGCAUUAAAAGGUAUUGUGAUUCAAAGACCAACUCAUCAUGUCUUGGGCGAGUGAGCUUCCCGUGGAACUACAGCGGCGCCCCACUGGUCUGGUGGGUUUGACUGGACUGGACGUCACAUACAAUGCCAUUCACAAACUCAUCUGGGACUCCUUCUAUAACAACCGGAGAUCUGACAGAGUUCCGCUGCAGUUCAAGGUCUUUGCUGGGGAUCACGAGUAUCCCAAAUGUAGAACAAACAAGAGACAGUCCUAUGAGUGGUACAUUCCUAAGGGGAUCCUGAAGUCUGGUUGGAUGAACAAGCACCUGACCAUGGUUCCGGCUGUGGUUGUUGUCUUCUUUGACCUUGACUGGGAUGAACCGCUGUGGAAAGAAAAACAGAUGGAAUGUGCCACAAGAGUUGAAAUAGUCAGGAACAGUUUACAGGGACGAGGAACAAAGGUAGCAGUAGUCCUGAUUCAGAAGAACGCUCCCCUGCCCCCUGGGGAGGAUAUGGUGGCGGCGGAGCGAGCGGCUUCUCUGUGUAGUGCCUGUGAUUUGUCGGCCAAGCAGCUGUAUGUGUUACCCCACACCGACCACCUGAUAGGCUACACCAUCAGGCUAGAGAAUGCAUUUUAUGAGCUCGCCCAGAGUUAUUACCACGCAGAAGCUCGGAAAGUGAAAUCUCACCGAGACUUCCUGAAUAAGACUACGCACCAGCUCCUGUUUGUCAGACAUCAGUUCAAAAUCGCGUUCUUCAAUGAGUUAAAACAGGACAGCCACACAGCCUUGAAACACUACAAACAGGCAUACGGACAUCUUCUGGACCUGAGGAUGCAUGACACAAACCUCCUGGAGAUAAAGACCAUCGCGGGCUUCAUCAGUUACAAGAUCUGCCGACUGUCUUUCCAACACACCGCUCCAUUGGACGCUAUAGCCCAGUUCAGGAAGCACAUUGAUUUCUUCAAGUCACGAGUCGGAUGUCCAGAGCUAGCUUUUGAACACAGUGCAUGGAUGUCUAAACAGUUCCAGGUGUUUGGGGAUCUUUUUGAUGAGGCCAUUAAGCUAGGAUUGACUGCCAUUCAGACCCAGCACCCAGGGUUCUAUUACCAGCAGGCCGCUAACCACUCCAUCAGCCGGAAACAGCUCUGUCGCGGCCUCUGUAAGCCUCUGACACAGGUGUUUCAGCCUGAUCCUUUGGAAAGCCUCAAUCACCUGGACUUCUACGGCCAGAGACCGUGGAGGCAGGGACACCAGAGCAUUGAACCUCCAGAUGUGCAGCGGGAGAAGGAAGGCAUCAUGGCACUACAGAGUCUGGAGGUGACCGUCGACCACUCAUGGCUGAUCAUUCCCUUACUCAGCAGUGCAGUCGCUCAGUUCAAGAAAUACAAAUCCCCUCGCAUGAAGCGGUUCCUAAUGGUUCAGAUGGGAGAGGAGUACUACCAUGCCAAAGACUACAACAAGGCGCUCAUGUUGUUAAACAAAGUGACCUGGGACUACCGCGGUGAGCGAUGGUGGCCACUGUUGACCUCGAUUCUAGACAUCUCCCUGAAGUGUGCCUAUCUGACGGCCAAGGUCCAGGAAUACGUGUCUGCCUGCCUAGAGCUGGCCGGUCCCUAUGUCAAACUGAACAAUGAAGAGAAAACAAGAAUCCAGAUGAACCUGACCAGGAUAAUGAGUAACGACCAGCCUGAGCCCGAGCCUGGACUGGAGCCGAGCUGUGUAGAGAACGCCCGACUUCUGUGGCAGACAUCCCUCGAGUCUCCCUGUGUGUUCACCAUGGACGUACAAAACUUUGUUCCCUUCGUGGAGUACAAAGCCAUGUUUUCAUCAGAGACAUGUGGUGCUGACCAGGAAGUGGAGCUUCAAGUCUACAUCAGGGUGAACUGCCAGUUUCCCAUCAGGUUCUCUAAGCUCUCUGUGCAGUUAAACAACGCGAUCUACAACGACUACUGCCGGGUGACGGACGGACACGGAAUCUUGGCGGCCUCCGACGGUGACUUCACCGACAAAGACUUGUACCUUGUCCCCGGGAAAACCAAGCUCUACACAUUCACGUUUCUACCUGUCAAGGACGACAUCAAUUCUCAAAUUGAGGUAACCUCUAUGGUGUUGGAGCUGGGGUCAGAGACGGGCCGUUGUGCCCUGCUGAGGUGGAUGGGAGGGGGUGGGGAUGCCCUACUCACCCCCUUUAUCUCUCCACAGGUGAUUAGCAAACCCCAGAUAAAGCAUGGCGAGAUACAAUGGAACAGUGUUGGCGUCCGACCCAAAACCAAGGUCCUGCCAAGGACAGCGAAGGUUGACCUUGACCUUUGUCAUCAACCGCCAUGUCUGUUGAAUGAGUUCUACUUCCUGUCGUUGACUGUAAACAAUAAAGAGGACGUAGACAUCAGCAAUGUCAGGUUGUCUUUUGGUGUGAAGGAGGAUUCAUCUACAAAUAUGGCAGACCAAUUAAUUCAAGUUUGUCUGGAUACACCAAACCUCGGUGAUAAAACCGUCAACAGAAUCAGUGACAUUGAUGUCGGCACUAUUCCUAAGGGGGGACAGUGUACCAAAAAAUUGUACAUUAAGAAUCUACACACAGGGACAAGGAUCGUCUUUUUUAAGGUGGAGUAUGAGGUGUCCAUCCCCAGUAGACAGGGCACCAUGACCUGCUCCUGUCAGAAGGAGGAGGAACUCUCUCUCAACACGGUGAACCCCUUUGAGGUCUCAGUCAAACUCCUGUCCAUGAAGUUUGAGGCCCUGGAUAUGGUACAGAUUCACGAGCCAUUCUUGUUGAGUCCAGAACUAAACUGUACGUCUCCCUGGACCAUCCAGAUGUCAGCCAGUCGACUCCGCCUGGCCACGAAUGUCUGCCAUGUUGACAAGGAUGUGACAUCACAGCUACAGGGAGUGUCAUUGAACAAGUCGGAGUGCGCCUCUGAGUGCUUCUGUCUGAGGACCAUUAACCCCGCCCCUACAGCUGUUUCCUUGGGAACAUAUGCUGUGUCAUGGAGACGUAAAACAGAUGAGGACAUUCCCUAUGUAGACACCAUAUUCCCGCUGCCCUCCGUGGAUACAGAGUUCAUUCCCUUGUCAGUAGAUCUGCGCCUGCCGGCCUUUGGCGGGGUCAAGUCCCUACUACCCCUUUCCUACAUCUUCCAGAACCGCACCCCUUACCCACAGGAACUGGAGGUUGCUAUGGACACCAAUGAUUGCUUCAUGUUCUCUGGGAAUAAACAAUUCCACUUCCGAGUCUUGCCUGGUGUUCCCUAUGAACUGAAGUACAACUUGUUUCCUCUGGUGGCGGGGCAUGUGAACCUACCAAAGCUCAACUUUACCCUGAUUGGCUACCCCGAUCCCAUCGACCCAGUUCUACAGAAAAUGUUACCCACUCAUAUUUUCAUCAAGCCCUGCGGCAAAGUGCUAUCCCAAGGAACGUGAAGACCUACACAGCCGAACCUGAUGUGAUCAGGCUUAUCAUGUGAACAUGUUUACAUCUUAUCCAGUAAUCGUUAUUCCACAUCAUUGUGUACAAACUGUGUUGUGUGAAGUGUCGUCUGUCUUACGUGUACUUAAUGUACAGGACAGUCCUCCUUGUGAAGUUAUUACUGAUCUGUGAGGUACAUGUUUGUGUUUAGUGCUGACUCUUUUUAUUUAAUAGCAUCAAAUUUAUUUACAUUUGUUCUGUGAUGAAAUAGCAUUAAAAUGUGCAAUAAGA